UGGCUCGAAGCGCGCCUUGGGGGGGCCCGCGCGCCCGUGCGCGGGCGGCUGGCGGCAGGCGGACCACAGGGCUCGCGGCGGCGGCUCCCGGCGGGCGCCCACGGCCGUGGGGGAGCCUCCCUCCGCGGCGGGGGGAUGCAGCAGGCCAAGAACGACGACGACGAUGGCCUCCCCCUGCUGCUGGGGACCCCGAUGGAAUGGGCCAGGGGCUCCGCCCACAGGCUUGGCGAGACGGGUCGGCCGAGUAGCAGCUCGAGUCUGCCCAGGAAGCCGACCCAGGACAUCGUGCCCACCGGCGCGCACUUCACCGAGGAUAGCGAGGCGCGCGUGAGGCCUAGAAGAGCCCACGACAUCUGCAUGGUGUUCAAGUGCAAGACUUCGAAGGACUCCUUAGAAUCGGGCACGAGAUGGCGAGGCCACACGAGGGUAGCGGCAGUAUGUGUGAGUUCCGAAU